AUGGCGACCAAUCCCCAACCAAAUCAAGAGCAAGAGUCUCAAUUUUCAAUCCGAAGACUCGAACCCGCCGACAAAUCGAAAGGAUUCAUCGAUCUCCUCUCCCAGCUCAGCUCCUGCCCCCAGAUCUCCGACGCCCGGUUCGAUCUCCGGUUCAACGAGGUCGCAUCUCUCGGCGACGAUCAUGUGAUCUGCGUCGCUGAGGACCCGGUCUCCAACCGGAUCAUCGCCACCGGCUCCGUCUUCAUCGAGAAGAAAUUCCUCCGCGGUUGCAGCAAGGUCGGCCACAUUGAGGACAUCGUCGUCGAUAAGGAAGUCAGAGGGAAGAAAUUAGGGCAAAAGAUGAUAAGAUACCUCUCAGACCACGCUAAGGGGCUCGGAUGUUAUAAGGUUAUUCUUGAUUGCGAGCUGUAUAGUAGGGGUUUAAAUCCUAUUGCUAAGGAGCCAAAAUUCAAGUCCUAG